AUGUCUGUCUGCUCCAGCAACCUGAGUUACGGCAGCCGGGUCUGCCUGCCGGGUUCCUCUGAGUCCUGCACUGGCUCCUCCUGGGAGAUGGAUGAUUGUCUGGAGAGCUGCUGUGAGCCCCCCUGCUGCACCUCCAGCUGCUGUGAGCCUUCCUGCUGUGCCCCCAGUUGCUGUGCACCGGCCCCCUGCCUGACCCUCGUCUGCACCCCAGUGAGCUGUGUGUGUAGCCCCUGCUGCCAGGCAACCUGUGAGCCCAGCCCCUGCCAGUCCUGCACUCCCUCGUGCUGCCAGCAAUCUAGCUGUCAGCAGGCCUGCUGUGUGCCUGUCUGCUGCAAGCCAGUGUGCUGUGUCCCCAUUUGCUGCAAGCCUGUGUGCCCUGUUCCUGCUUGCUCUGAGGCUUCCUCUUCAUGCUGCCAGCAGUCUAGCUGCCAGCCAGCUUGCUGCUCCUCCCCCUGCCCGCAGGCCUGCUGUGUGCCUGUCUGCUGCAAGCCAGUGUGCUGUGUCCCCAUUUGCUGCAAGCCUGUGUGCCCUGUUCCUGCUUGCUCUGAGGCUUCCUCUUCAUGCUGCCAGCAGUCUAGCUGCCAGCCAGCUUGCUGCUCCUCCCCCUGCCCGCAGGCCUGCUGUGUGCCUGUCUGCUGCAAGCCCAUCUGCUGCAGACCCUCGUCCUCUGUGUCCCUGCUGUGCCGCCCUGUGUGCAGAACCGCCUGCUGUGCGCCCGCCUCCUCCUGCUGUGCACUCACCUCCUGCUGCCAGCCCAGUUGCUGCCGCCCAGCCUCCUGCGUGUCCCUGUGCUGCCGCCCCACCUGUGCUCGUCCAACCUGCUGCGGCCUCUCUCCAGUCCAGAAGUCCUCUUGCUGA